CAUAACUUUCCUCUUUAAUAUUAUCCAUAGUCGUAGUAUGGUAUUUCAACUUCGUGUUUUUGCCCAAAGUUCUCCUUCUCCUUGUUUACUUAAAUCUCAUUGCAAUUUUAGGAAUAUUUUGACUACAAUUUCCGACAAGUUCUAAGCCACUAUGGUUUAUGUGUCUAAUAACUCUACAAAUUCUGUAUGCUAAAAGAAACAUGGGUUCUUGUGCAUCGUCUCACGCCAAGCCAAACAGGACUGUGAAUAAAAAGAUAAUAAGAAAGCCAAAACCAUGGAAGCAUCCACAGCCAAUAACAAGAAGUCAGUUGAUGCAGCUAAGGGAAGAGUUCUGGGACACUGCUCCUCACUAUGGUGGCAAGAAAGAAAUAUGGGAUGCGCUUCGUGCUGCAGCAGAAGCAAAUCUAGAACUAGCUCAAGCAAUUGUGGACAGUGCUGGAAUCAUUGCCCAGAAUACUGACAUGACCGUGUGCUUUGAUGAAUCAGGUACUAAAUAUGAACUACCAAAGUACGUUUUGAGCGAGCCAACAAACAUGAUAAGAUAUGGUUAAGAAUUUACAUGAAGAAAUAUAAGUCGCUUCCACACAAUUGAAGAUGGUGCAUAUGUUGUAACGUAAAAUUACCCAUUAGUCGCUACCACAUAACCUCUUUUUUAAGUUUAAAGUGGCGAAACUAUAAUUACCAGCUGGAAAGAGCCAAUUCCUUUUUUUGUUUAAUUAUAAUCCAAGAUUUGCUAGGAAUAUUAGGAGUUGGGACUCAAGUACUCGUUGUAGUAUUUGGUUUACAUCUACUGGAACAGUGAAUAAUUGUGAUUUGUGAGCGAUUGGAUGCCAA